AUGUCAGACCUUGUCAUUCGUGAGGUUGCCCCGGACGUCUGGACGUUCUCGAGGCCUUUCACCCUACUGGGUGUCUUCCCAGUAGGCGGUCGCUCAACUGCCAUCAAGCUGUCCACUGGGGAAGUAUGGGUCAUGGCUUCGACACCGUUGACGGACGAGACCAAGGCGAAACUCGCAGAAUUGGGCGAGGUCAAGUACCUUGUUGCCGGCAACGCCUUCCACUAUCUAUUCCUAAAGCAAUACAAGGAUGCGUACCCCGACGCAAAGACCAUCGGCUCGGAGGAUAUCCACGUAAAGGUGAAAGACUGGAAACUGGACUCGGUGUUUAGCGCGAAGUCCCCAGACACAAAAUACGGCUUCGAAGAGGAAAUCGAGCAUUGUUACUUCUCUGGGUGGGGGAACAAGGAUACUGCAUACUACCACAAGGCCUCCAAGACUGUGAUCGGCGCAGACCUCCUCAUGAACAAUCCGCCAGCUGAACAGUACUCAAAGACAUCUAUGUCGCCAAAGUCGAGGAUCUUGGCCGCGAUGCACCCGUACGGAUGGCAACUGCGCUGGUUCAUCUGGCUGAAGCAGAAGGACAAGGCCGCCAUGACUUGGGAAGCGAAGACGGUGGCCGAGUGGGACUUCGUCCGCUUCAUCCCUUGCCACGGAGCAGGUUCUGAUGUCAUCGAGAAGAACGCGAAGGAGGCAUGGAAGUCGGCUUGGCGGGACUAUCUGCACUGAAAGCGUCUUCGUAUGGCCGAGUGCGCCUUGAGUACUUGACUGACCGCGCAAGCUCCUUGGUGCGUCGUGCGCGAGCUACUUCCCUCAGAGUAUGGGGGUAUGUGCAUUCCGAUGGAUACUAUCAUACCAGCUGCGUAAUUCCUACAUCCUCCCACAUGCCAUCACUUU